CCGCCAUUUCGUGGACGCCGGGGUAGCGUGAGCAUCUGCGGGGUCCGGGCGGGAGGGGAGCGGGAAGAGCCGUCCGAGGGUGUGUGGAUUUGAGCCUCCGCAUUUCUAUCCCAAGAUCUCGAAAUGCAUCGUGAUUCCUGUCCAUUGGACUGUAAGGUUUAUGUAGGUAAUCUUGGAAACAAUGGUAACAAGACUGAAUUGGAACGAGCUUUUGGUUAUUAUGGACCACUCCGAAGCGUGUGGGUUGCUAGAAACCCUCCCGGCUUUGCUUUUGUUGAAUUUGAAGAUCCCCGAGAUGCAGCUGAUGCUGUCCGAGAGCUAGAUGGGAGAACAUUAUGUGGCUGCCGAGUAAGAGUGGAACUGUCUAAUGGUGAAAAGAGAAGUCGAAAUCGUGGCCCACCUCCCUCUUGGGGUCGCCGCCCUCGAGAUGAUUAUCGGAGAAGGAGUCCUCCACCUCGACGCAGAUCUCCAAGACGGAGAAGCUUCUCCCGCAGCCGGAGCAGGUCCCUUUCGAGAGAUAGGAGAAGAGAGAGAUCACUGUCCCGGGAGAGAAAUCAUAAGCCGUCUCGAUCCUUCUCUAGGUCUCGUAGCCGAUCUAGGUCAAAUGAAAGGAAAUAGAAGACCAGUUUGCAAGAGGAGGGGUGUACAGGAAAUAACUUCAUUUGACAGGAGUAUGUACAGAAAAUUCAAGUUUUGUUUGAGACUUCAUAAGCUUGGUGCAUUUUUAAGAUGUUUUAGCUGUUCACAUUUUUUGUCUCUUGGAACAGUGACACAUAAAGUUGUAAUUCUCUAUGGUUUGAAAUGGAUCGUAUGAGGCAUGUAAUACCAGUUGUUACUUUACAAUGUUCCCUUAAGCAAAAUUGAAUUUGCUUUGAACUUUAUUUAGUCUUGCCUAGACUGAUAAUAAACCUCUAACUCCUGCCCAGCUAAAGUGUGAUGUUUAAUAUGAGGGAGACAAAACUGGCAGAAAUUGAACUAAGACUGACUUUUUCCAUAGCUGGGAUAUGGUGUACAGCUGUAGUUGAAAAAUCAGUCUUUAGAAGUUGCUGCGAACACAAGGCAGCAGGUAAAAAUUAAAGCUGCACCAUUAAACUAAAUUGGAGGGGGUUUGGUAUUGUUUUAAUCCAACUAGUCUUCGCACUGGGCAGAGGUUGUCUAGUUGGUGUAGAAUCUAAGGAGUUUCAAGAAAGUUAGUUUACCUUUGCUUUAGGUCAUAAGGUCCUUACGUGAUUGCUGUAUAUGAAUAUAUAACUCUUUGUAACAUUCUUUAUUUGGAAAUUUGAGACUAUUCAAGAUACCAGUGUCCUGCCAGUUUAAGGGUACAUUGUAGAGCUGAACUUUUGAGUUAACUGUGCGAGAUUUUUUUUCAUGCUGUCAUUUGUAAUAUGUUUUGUGAGAAUCCUUGGGAUUAAAGUUUUGGUUACAAAUUGUUGUUUAACCUGAAAGCCUGUUUUUCCUUGCAAAACUAAAAUCUAUGAGCUUGGUACCAAGUCCAGGUAUAACAUUCCUAUUGGAAGCCAUACUUAUAUUUUCUUGUAAAGUGCUUUUGAAUUAAUAAAAUAUUAGUAUAAUUGUGUAAUAGUCAAA